AUGAUGGUAGUGAAGAGUGAUGGUGGUUACGGGUAUGAUAGUACUGAUGUGACGGCGGUGUGGUAUCGAUUAACUCAACUACACGCCGAUGAAGUUGUUUAUAUUACCGACCUCGGACAAGAAGUUCAUUUCAAGAAGCUCUUUGAAGUCGCCAAGAUGGCCGGUUGGCAUCAUCCUCCUCAAACUAAACUCGAAUACCUCGGCUUUGGUGUCGUCUGUGGUGAUGAUGGCAAAAAAUUCAAAACUCGAUCGGGCGCCACUGUGAAGUUGACUGACCUUCUCGAUGAGGCCGAGGACAGGGCGAGGAAGGAAUUGGAGUCGAGACUUAACGCGGGGGAAGGGGAGGCGGCCGGACGAUCGACUGGACUCACUGAAGAGGAAUUCGAUAGAGCAUCGAAGAUCAUUGGUGUUGCAUCUGUUCGAUACUUUGACCUUCGCCAAAACAGAACUACCAAUUACAUAUUCAAUUUCGAUAAGAUGCUCGACCCGAAGGGCAACACUGCGGUCUUCCUACUUUACGCCUACGCCAGAAUUUGCAGUAUCCUCAGGAAGGCGAACUUUGAUUAUCA